AUGACAUCAAGGAUGUAUGCUGGCGACGGACGUCAGGUCACUUCACAGCAGAGGCGCCAGGACCAAAGCAACGAUGAUGUGUUUUUGUUAGACUUAGAGGGCAAAAUAGACACGCUUAAAAAUGUCAGCACGGACAUUCACUCAGAGCUCAAAAAUUCGACUACAAGGCUAGACACCUUACGCGGAGGUUUGGAUGAGGCUCAAGGGUAUGUGAAGCAAGGAUUCGAUAAUAUGUCGAAAAUCAUGCACAAUAAGACCCUUGUUUAUGAGUAUGCAGACCGCGGCCCUAUCCAUGUCGAAGAUGGUGUUCCUAACUGCGGGUCUGCUGUCCGUGUUGUACGUGGUCAUAAAAAUUGCACUGAAAAGGAAGACCGCAUGACAGGAGAAAUAUGCCGCCCGGGAAUGGAGAUGGGCAGACCUAACCGCUCUACACAAUCCAUAGGCAGCCGGGCCAGGCUGAUGGCACGUCAGGGAGUGACGAAUGAUGUGCAAUGGAAUGCCGUAAUAGCCAGUGCUACAGAGACAAUAGCUUCCUUGACACCGCUUGAUAUCGCAUUGCUUGUGAACGCCCUCACCAAGGUUGGCAAGGCUGACGCGCACCUUUACACAAUGAUUAAAGAUAGGAUAAUACAUCUGAUUGCAUUUUUCAGUUCGGGUCAUCUCGCAAUGAUAAUGUCGGCAUAUGCAAAAGCAGAGCUCAUGGACGAUACUUUGUAUCAAUGUUUGAAGGCGGAAAUAGAUAGGAGAAUGUACGAAUUUAUUACUCCAACGGAACUUUGCAUGGUGCUCAACGCGGUGGCAAAGUGUAAGGAACGGGACAAUGCCUUUUUGGAAAAACUGGCCGGCCACAUUAGGUACCACAUUCAAUCAUUCCUCACGCAGGAGCUGGCGCUGGUGGCGAGCAGGUUCCAUGCAUUGGACUUCUAUGACAAACCGCUUUUCGACACAAUCGAACAAUUAACCAUAAAACACACUGGAAGAUUUUUCACCAAUGACGCCAUCGCAACGUUAGCCGCUUUCACUCACUUCGAUGCGGGUAACAAACAUAUACGUGAAAUACUCAAGUCACACAUAAAGGAGCAACACGAGUACUUGAACGAUGACGACUAUAGCGAGCGGGUGCGGUCGUCCAAGUUAAAUAUGGAGGACAAGACAGACCUUCUUAGCGUUUUAUGCAGAGGGGAUUGUUGA